CAUAUUUUGACAUAUCCAUUUCUGUUUUUAUUUUUUUUUGGUGAAAGGACAGGUACAGCAAAUUUUUCAUUUGGUAAUAAUUUCAUGCGGAAAAACCAUGGCUGAAGAAGUGAUAGUUCUGGAUUCAGAUGAAGAAUCGAAUAGCCACAAAGAAAAAGUUGACAAAGAAAUGGAAUGUCCGAUAUGCUUACAAUCUUGUAUUCAUCCAUGCAAACUACCAUGCGGACACAUCUUUUGCUUUUUAUGCGUUAAGGGCGUAGCAUACAAAAAUCGUAGAUGUGCUCUUUGCCGAAGAGACAUACCCCAGGAAUACCUCGAAAACCCGAAUCUCGUAUAUGGCGUUCAGGAAGCAACAUCGGCCACAACAGAAGACGGCUACCAAUGGUUUUACGAAGGACGGAAUGGUUGGUGGCUGUAUGACGAACGAACCAGUCAAGAAAUCGAGGAGUCGUACAAAAAGGGCGAUAAGAUCUGUACAAUUUUGGUAGCUGGCUAUGUGUACGUGGUGGAUUUCGAAUCAAUGCUACAGCAACGCCAAAACGAUCCAUCCAGAAAGCGCCAAGUGAAACGCGAUCUUUCAACAACACCUAGAAAAGGUGUAGCUGGUCUACGAAUCGACGGUUCGACGGAGAGUUCUUUAUCGUCAUCGUCGAGCUAUCAAAUAGACACAAAUUUAAUAUCAACAAUAGCUGCUACGGAUGCGGCUAUUCGAAUCGCUAGUAAUAUUAUAGAUUCAACGCUAGCUCAUGCAGAAAGUAAUGACACAUACGACGGUGACAGCGGCAGUGGCAGUACGUCAUCAACCAUUCGCAGAGAAUUACUGAAUGAAGUCGAGGAAACGUUAAACAUUUCGAAUUCAUCGAGCAUAGGAUCGCCACCGAAUUUGGAAAAUUUCUUUUCGACAACAAUCGACGAGUUCCGUUCGUUAGCACUGAGUAACAUAGCUGAAUCAGAUAAUGAUAGCGAUGAUGAUGUUAGAUUGUAAGAUUUUAAAUGUAGGUUGCGCAUCGAUGGUCGUAUUGAUGGAACGAACUGGUGCUGUACUUUUAAGUGUCCGAUGUAAGAGAUGUAAAAACUCGUAAUUUUACGUAACGUUAGUUCAAUGUUUUUUAAUCGUUUUCGUCUCUCGAAUGUUCCGUUCACUGACGAAUAGUUAAUUUGAAUAAAUUUGUUCGUGUUGUUUAAAUAACUCAUUCCUAACAAAAGCACAGCAGACGGACUGUAAAAGUGAUACUUUUAGAAAAGAUAGACAUUUAUUCUGUACUUUUCGAACUAUUCGAACCAUUUAAGCAUUGCAAUCGCAUUAGUAGCAAGGUUGCUUAUGUGGUGAAAUUAUUAAAUAAUUAGUUAGUCGAAAAAAACAAUGUCCAACUGUUCAUUUUGUAAAUAAUAAAUUUGAACUAAUUCGAUUCAAAA